AUGACUACAUGUCAGAACUUGAAUUCUCAAAUGACUCUCCAGCUUCAACCCAUUGAUUCCAAGGUUGAUUUUCCUACGCUUACACGGUGCCUGUUUGAGUCCUAUGAAAGCCCUUGGCAAAAAUUCUUUCAUCUUUGGUUCCCCAUCCAAGAAACAAGUGACAAUGCCCGCGAAGAUGCAAUCAAUGAAGCAGCAAGUCGGCUGAAGCUAUGGCAUACACACGAUCCAUCGAGUUACUGGCAAAAGGUCAAUGGUAGAAUUGCAGGUGGGGCUCUAUGGAGAAUUUAUAAUAAAAAUCCAUUUGAAACCCCACCCCCUUCUACUGUGAUUUGGUUCCCGGACGAUAGCUCCCGCAGGUAUGCCGAGCAGGCACUGCAAACACAUUCUAGACCUCGAUAUAAAGUGGCACAGAAACCACACAUCUACCACCGACGCCAAGGGGUUGGUCAACAAUUUAUGAAUUGGGGCAUGAAAAAAGCGGAUGAGUUAGGGUAUGAAUUUCUUCUAGAUGCAACACCGUACGGACGACCUCUAUAUGAUGUGAACGGUUUUGUCUAUGUCGAAGAGAACAUAAAUCAUCCAAAGACCGAUACACCGGAUGAAAAAUGGAAGGAGAUCGACGAAAAAGUAGGCUCUUUUACUUUCUGGCUCAUGAGGAGGCUUCCUGACGAUAGAAACGAGGUAGAAGUAUAA